UUGUUUGUUGUUUACUGGUUUCUAGAUGAGGGCUUCACGUUUCAAGGAAUGAGCUUGACACAGCGUCUGCCCUCCCAACAGCUCACAGUUUAGUCAUCAGACUAAUAUAUAAACAACUACUCCUAUUAUCUUAGUGAAACCUUAAGAAUGGAGUCUAAACCUUCAAGGAUUCCAAGAAGAAUUUCUGUUCAACCCCCCGGCUCUUUAAGUGCUAGGAUGAUGUCUGGAAACAGAGGAAGUAGUUUAAAUGAUACCUAUCACUCAAGAGACUCUUCAUUUAGACUGGAUUCUGAUUAUCAGUCUACAUCUGCAUCGGCAGCUGCAUCUCCAUUUCAAUCUGCAUGGUAUAGUGAAUCUGAGAUAACUCAGGGUGCACGCUCAAGAUCACAAAACCAGCUACGGGAUCAUGAUUCAAAAAGACCUAAACUUUCCUGUACAAACUGUACAUCUACCUCAGCUGGGAGAAAUAUUGGACAUGGUUUAAAUGCGGUAUCAGAUUCUUGGAGACAUAGUCAAGUUCCCAGAUCUUCAUCAGUGGUACUUGGAUCAUUUGGAAGUGACUUAAUGAGAGAGAGGAGAGAUUUAGAAAGGAGAGCAGAUUCCUCCAUUAGUAAUUUUAUGGACUAUAGUCACCGAAGUAGUGAUUUCACAACUUCAUCGUAUGUUCAAGACAGAGUUCCUUCUUCAUAUUCACAGGGAGCAAGACCAAAAGAGAACUCAGUGAGCACUUUACAACUGAAUACAUCAUCCACAAACCAACAAAUGCCUUCUGAACGCCAGUCUGUACUGUGCUCUAGGGAUUCUAGUAGAAAUUCUGUAAGAUCAAAUUUUUCUCCAAGAGAAUUGGAGUCUCUCCAAAGCAAUACACAGCCUGGAUUUUCUUAUAUUUCAAAUAGAGGUGAUACCUCAACCAUAAGCAAUUCAGAUAGGAUUGGUUCAUCUCAAAGAUCAUUUCAAGAAUCUUCUGACAAUGAAGGUAGACGUACAACAAGGAGAUUGCUGUCACGUAUAGCUUCUAGCAUGUCAUCUACUUUUUUUUCACGAAGGUCUAGUCAGGAAUCCUUAAAUACAAGAUCAUUGAGCUCUGAAAAUUCAUAUGUUUCUCCAAGAAUUUCUUCACAGUCUCGUAAUGCAGUAUCAACUUCUGAUGUUCUUGAUAAUAGGGCAUCUGAAGCUUCUCAGGGAUUUCGAUUUCUUAGGCGAAGAUGGGGUUUGUCAUCUCAAAAUCAUAGCACUGAGCCAGAUUCAGAAAAUUUUAACCAAGAAUCUGAAGGUAGAAAUACAGGACCCUGGUUAUCUUCCUCACUUAGAAAUAGAUGCACACCUUUGUUCUCUAGAAGGAGGCGAGAGGGACGAGAUGAAUCUUCAAGGAUAUCAACUUCUGAUACACAAUCUCGAUCUCAUAUUUUUAGAAGAGAAUCAAAUGAAGUGGUUCACCUGGAAGCACAGAGUGAUCACCUUGGGGCUGCUGCCAACAGAUCACAAACACCUGCAGCAUCGAGCAGUGCUGCUACAGGUGGCUCCAUGUCAGAUUCGGCUCGCAGUGGAAGAAACACAGGAAUGACAGGGAUCCUUCCUGGUUCCUUGUUUCGAUUUGCAGUCCCCCCAUCACUUGGAAGUAAUUUGACCGAUAAUGUCAUGAUCACUGUAGAUAUUAUUCCUUCAGGUUGGAGUUCAUCUGGUGGGAAAAGUGAUAAAACUAAAAGUGCACCUUCAAGAGACCCAGAAAAACUGCAGAAAAUAAAAGAGAGCCUCCUUUUAGAGGACUCUGAAGAAGAAGAAGGUGACUUAUGUAGAAUUUGUCAGAUGGCAGCUGCAUCAUCAUCUAACUUGCUAAUAGAGCCAUGCAAGUGCACAGGAAGUUUGCAGUAUGUCCAUCAAGAGUGUAUGAAAAAGUGGUUACAGGCGAAAAUUAACUCUGGUUCUUCCUUAGAGGCUGUGACCACCUGUGAACUCUGUAAGGAGAAGUUACAGCUCAACCUGGAGGACUUUGACGUCCAUGAACUGCACAGAGCUCAUGCAAAUGAACAAGCCGAGUAUGAGUUUAUCAGCUCCGGUCUCUACCUAGUUGUGUUAUUGCACUUGUGCGAACAAAGCUUUUCUGAUAUGAUGGGAAAUACAAGUGAACCAAGCACACGAGUCCGAUUUAUUAACCUUGCAAGAACUCUUCAGGCACAUAUGGAAGAUCUCGAAAGCAUCUGUACAACAUACCAUCUUCUCAAAGUCCUACAACCUCCAUGGUGCUUCAUACCAGGUGGACGCAGAUACUGGUGGCUCUGGAAUAGUUCCUGGGACUCCAAGAUUACCCUGUUUAGUACUUUUCCACCCAAAGCAAGUGGCUCCCCAUGAUCAAAUUUGAAUGCACUCUUUGAAGUGUUUUAAAAUAUGUAUUCUCCAGUUGAUUACCUUCUAUAUCAUCUUCAAAAUACUUGGAAGUGUUGUCUGUAGUGUGCAUAACAUUUUCAUCUUUAGCAAGUGUUCAGCAUCUUUUGAAAUAAGGUUUGAGGGGGAUUUAGUUCUCAUAAGAACUUUUUAAUUCUUUGAUUACUCGAAGAUAUGGAUUUUUGUCAUUCUGUGCUAUUUUUAAGUUUUAAAAAGCGUAGAGGUACAACCAGAUAAUGCAUUUUUAGAAUUUAGUUAGUAUGUGUAAAAAUUGUAUAUAAAAGAGCCAAAUGGUAUAUGAAAUGGGAUAUAAAUCUUUUUUUCUUUAUAUCAUCUUAUCCCCUUUUUUGUAAAUAAUUUAUACUUUAUCAGAUAUAAUUUCAGUGAGUAUUUUUCCCAGAUUGUUUGUCUUUUUUUUUUUUUUAAUUCCCUUUUAUAAUUUAGCUCCCUAAACCUAAGUGUCAACUCCUAAACAUGAGAGAGAGGAAAAAAGAUGGAGGUGAAAUAUACUCAAACUCGGCUGAGAAUGAGAGAUGUUGUGGGUGCUACAAGUUAACUACCAAAUAAAUACCAGCAUAUUAACAUUCUGAGCAUGGGUUCUGACCGAAUUUUCACCUGUGAAGUAAAUAAAAUAGAAAACAUAAGUUCUUUACAAAGCAAUAUACUUUUAGUUUGCUACUGCUCCAUGAUACAGCAUAAAACUUAACCCUUGUGUUUAUGCAUUCAUGAGCUUUAUGCUUGGUAUCAUUUAAGUUUUCUGCAAGAUCAACGAAUAGACUGAGAAACUGUACAUGUAGCAUAGUUUUCUGGUGGAAGUCAUUUGCUGGGUACUCUUAAAUCAACCAGUGUUAACACAAGAAGAGUAAAUGCCCUUGAUAAUAGGGGAAAUGCUAGUUCAGUGUUUAUUUUAGUGAACUUCCAUUUUCCUCAACAUGCAGAGAAGUUUACAGAAUACUUAUGUUCCUCCUAAAGACAUUACAGGAUGUUUUAUAUUAAAUUGUUGAACCACUAAUGACGCUAAAAUAAAGUGAGGUCCGAAAUAUUGCAAAAUGAUAAGUUUCUGGCAAUGUGGAGUUAUAGGAGUAAUUUCAACAAAAGGUUUUUACUGAGUACAAUUAUUGUAGUUUAGGCUGUGUCUAUAGAUAACUAUUUUAAAUAACGAAAUAGAGCUUUUUCUUGGCAUUGUAUAGACACAGCUUUGAUGUAAUUUGCAAGAAUACCCAUAAUCUAUUCUGUGCACAUUUUUUUCCAUUCUCACCGGAUGCAUCAAAACAUGUUGCAGUAAUAAGCCAGACUCAGGUGUGUGAGAGCACUUGUUUUAAGUUCACUUUUUCUCUGUUGAAAUUGGCUAAUAUGAGCACAAACUUCUCAGAAACUUUUUAGAAGAUGUUCUUGAACCACAUUUUAAAACAUUUUUGUUUUUAUAGAAACUAACAUAAAAAGAUUUAGGGAUGGGGGUGUUUUGGAAUGGCAUUACCCACAGUCAAACUACCCUAACCCCUGUCAUAUCUUGAUUUUGACCAAAGAGUUUACUACGUUGGGAUUUUAUUUUACAAGUCAUUGCUCUUCUGGCUUCAUAUUGACACUUCCAUUCUCAUCCCCCUUAAAAUCAUUCUUGAUCAUCCUCUUUUCUUUCAACAGCUUCAGAGGAUGAUUCUGAAGAAGAUGGAGAACAUAACAGAACAUUUGAUAUUGCCUAACUUCAUAUAAGACAAAUGGAUGAUCUGUUAACAAGUGUUUAUUAAAACUGGCAAUUAAGUAUGAGUUAAUUUUGUGGGGGAAUGCCUAUUAAAUACAUUAUAUAAAUAAAAUGAAUAUAUAUAUAUAUACACACACACACACGUAUGCAUGUGUGUAUAUAUAUAUUCAUUCUCAAGUGUUGCUGAAUUAAAAUUCUACUUGCUGGACCUUUUAACAUGGCCAGUCACUGAUGUUAAUAAACUGGUAAUCAAAAGUAUUUUUCUUUUAGGUGAGUGGGGAAGUGUUAAAUUGUUUUAAAUAUCUAAGCAAUGCCUACAACCCUUUUUUUGUUCUGAUUAUUGUAGUCAUAUUUAUGAAAAUGGUUCGUGUUUUAGCCCUUUGCUAGUAAAAAAAAAUGAGACAAAACUGCUUUCAAAAUAAAAUGCCAAAUGGCACCUAGUUAUUUUUCCUUUUAAAAUGCCUUAAGUUGCGGUCUCAUUUACAUAAUCAUUUGCUUCCGGUGUUUAAAAAGAAAAAAGAAUGAGUAGGGGAGAGUAAGUUAUGAAGAGCUUAUAUUAGGUGUCCAAAUUUACUUUAAAUUCUAAAUUUAUUUAGCGGUAAUACCUAAUUUUUUAAAAAGUAUAUAAAUUUAAAAUGUAUAAAUGAUGGAUACAUUUUUGUAUUGAUUUGAAAAAUGCAGGUUAUAUUUGAUAGGCCAUAGUAUGUAGAUAUUCCUUUAGGAAUAUUUCAGCUCUAAAUUAUACCAGAAUUGCCAGUCAAAUGCUAUUUGGUAAAAAGAAAAUUAUUGCAAUCUCAAGUUAAUGGAAUAUUUUUAAAUCCCACAUUCAAAGUUUAAAACACUGGUUUUCAAUAUGUUUUUUAGUGUUGUCACUUCUUCGUAAAUAAAAACCUGUUUGGAUCCUGACCGUU